CUCACUGGAACUCAGCAGGGUCUAAAAGUCUGGACAAGGGCCAAACCUUGGUCCCAAGGUUCCCAGUCCCAGGAGGCCCAAGUAGAGAGUACUGGCUGACUGGUCUACACUCCGUGUGGAUAGAGAGGUACCUAGAACCCCGAGUGUGAGAAGACCAGAGCCCAGCAGAGGAGAAGGGGCUUUGCUGCCAGAACCCAGCCUGCAUGGACAAGGGCCGAGCUGCCAAGGUGUGUCACCAUGCCGACUGCCAGCAGCUGCACCGCCAGGGGCCCCUCAACCUGUGUGAGGCCUGUGACGGCAAGUUCCACAGCACUGUGCGCUACGAUGGGCAUGUCCGCUUUGACCUGCCCCCACAAGGCUCUGUCCUCGCACGGAACGUUUCCACCCGGUCCUGCCCCCCACGCACCAGCCCUGCCGCAGACCUAGAGGAAGAGGAGGAGAGCUGUGUGGACGGGAGAGGGGACCGGAAGAGCACCGGCCUGAAGGUCUCCAAGAAGAAAGCCAGGAGGAGGCACACGGAUGACCCAAGCAAGGAAUGUUUCACCUUGAAAUUUGACCUCAACGUGGACAUUGAAACAGAAAUUGUGCCAGCCAUGAAGAAGAAGUCACUGGGGGAGGUGUUGCUACCUGUGUUUGAAAGGAAGGGCAUUGCCCUGGGUAAAGUGGAUAUCUACCUGGACCAAUCCAACACACCUCUGUCCCUCACUUUUGAGGCCUACAGGUUUGGAGGACACUACCUGAGGGUCAAAGGCAAGCCGGGGGACGAGGGCAAGGUGGAGCAGGGAGUAAAGGACUCCAAGUCUCUCAGUUUGCCCAUCCUGAGGCCCACUGGAGCUGGGCCCCCCGUGUCGGAGCGUGUGGACCCUCAGAGCCGCCGGGAGAACAGUCUGGACAUCUUGGCGCCCGGCCGCCGUCGCAAGAACAUGUCUGAGUUCCUGGGGGAGCCGAGCAUCCCCGGGCAGGAGCCACCGCCGCCGUCCACGCCUUCCAGCUGUUCUCUGCCUGUCGGCAGCAGCGCCGGAGGCACCAGCGGUGGGAGCGGCGAGAGCUGGAAGAACCGGGCAGCCAGUCGCUUCAGCGGCUUCUUCAGCUCCAGCCCCAGCACCGGCGCCUGUGGCCGGGAAGUGGACCGGAUGGAACAGCUGGAGGGCAAGCUGCAUGCCUACAGCCUCUUCGGGCUACCCAGGAUGCCCCGGAGGCUGCGUUUUGACCAUGAUUCCUGGGAGGGGGAGGAGGAGGAGGAGGAGGAGGAGGAUGACGAGGAGGAGGAGGACAGUGCAAACCUGAGGCUGGAGGACAGCUGGCGGGAACUCAUUGAUGGGCAUGAGAAGCUGACCCGGCGGCAGUGCCACCAGCAGGAGGCGGUGUGGGAACUCCUGCACACGGAAGUCUCCUACAUCCGGAAGCUGCGUGUGAUCACCAACCUGUUCCUGUGCUGCCUCCUCAACCUGCAAGAGUCUGGGCUCCUGUGUGAGGUGGAAGCUGAGCGCCUGUUCAGCAACAUCCCCGAGAUCGCUCGGCUGCACCGCGGGCUGUGGGGCAGCGUGAUGGUGCCGGUGCUGGAGAAGGCGCGGCGCACGCGGGCGCUGCUGCAGCCUGGGGACUUUCUCAAAGGCUUCAAGAUGUUCGGCUCGCUCUUCAAGCCGUACAUCCGAUACUGCAUGGAGGAGGAGGGCUGCAUGGAGUACAUGCGCGGUCUACUGCGUGACAACGACCUGUUCCGCGCCUAUGUCACGUGGGCCGAGAAGCACCAGCAGUGUCAGCGGCUGAAGCUGAGUGACAUGCUGGCCAAGCCCCACCAGCGACUCACCAAAUACCCACUGCUGCUCAAGUCGGUGCUGAGGAAGACGGAUGAGCCCCGUGCCAAGGAAGCGGUGAUCACCAUGAUCAGCUCUGUGGAACACUUCAUCCACCACGUGAACACGUGCAUGCGGCAGCGGCAGGAGCGCCAGCGGCUGGCGGGCGUGGUGAGCCGGAUCGACGCCUACCAGGUGGUGGAGGGCAGCAAUGACGAGGUCGAUAAGCUCUUGAAGGAAUUUUUACAUCUGGACCUGACAGCACCCAUGCCUGGCGCCUCCCCUGAAGAGACUCGGCAGCUGCUGCUGGAGGGGAGCUUGAGGAUGAAGGAGGGGAGAGACAGCAAGAUGGACGUGUAUUGCUUCCUGUUCACUGACCUACUCUUGGUGACCAAGGCCGUGAAGAAAGCAGAGAGAACCAAGGUCAUCAGGCCACCACUGCUGGUGGACAAGAUCGUGUGCCGGGAGCUUCGGGACCCUGGCUCCUUCCUCCUCAUCUACCUGAAUGAGUUCCGCAGUGCCGUGGGGGCGUAUACAUUCCAGGCCAGCAGCCAGGUCCUGUGCCGAAGCUGGUUGGACACUAUUUACAAUGCGCAGAACCAGCUGCAGCAGCUGCGUGCGGAGCUGUGUGCACAGGAGGAACAUCCGGGCAGCCAGCCCCUGCAGAGCCUGGAAGAGGAGGCAGAGGACAGCAGCGCCUCCGCCGCCAGCUCGCCCACCGUCCUGCGGAAGAGCAGCGACAGCCUCGACUCUCAGCGCGGUGCCUCAGAUGGUUCCACAGAGACCCUGGCCAUGGUUGUGGUGGAGCCUGGGGAGACACUGUCUUCUCCGGAGUUUGGCCGAGGUCCCUUCAGCUCCCAGUCGGACGAGACCUCCCUCGGUACCACUGCCUCAUCCAUUACUCCCACUGGCGAGCUGCUGCCCCUGGGCCCAGGGGACGGCCGCUCUUGCUCCAUGGACUCUGCCUAUGGCACCCUGUCCCCCACUUCUCUGCAAGACUUUGUGGCUCCACCCCCUGUGGCAGAGCCGGUGCCCGUGCCCCGGCCCCUGGAGUUACCACCACAGACCCCCUCGCCCCCAUCCUCUCCCCGCCUCCGCCGCCGUACACCCGUCCAACUGCUGCCCCGCCCGCCCCACCUGCUCAAGUCCAAAUCUGAGGCUAGCCUCCUACAGCUGCCGUCAGGAACUGCCGCCCACGCAGUGCCCCCAGCUCCUAGCCGUAGCCUGUCAGAUCUCUGCCUGACCGCUGUGGCCUCUGGGGUGAGGACUCGGAGCUCCCUUCAGGAGGGCGGGCCUGACUGGAAUUGCCCAGGGGUGUUUGGCGCUGGCCCUGGCCCUGGCCCUGGCCCCGAGUUGUCGAGACCUGAGAAAAGAGUCAGCUACUCGACUGGGGGACCUACGGAUCCUGCCAGGAGAGAGGUGCCUUCGGGGGCUGCUCCCAGCGUGCAGCCCGAGCCUCCCCCAGGGAUCUCUGUUCAGCACAGGAAGCUGACCCUGGCCCAGCUCUAUCGGAUCAGGACCACCUUGCUGCUUAACUCCACCCUCACUGCCUCGGAGGUCUGAGCUGAAGGCUAUCCCAAGGGUGCCAUUGACUAAGGGACAGCGGAGAGCGUCCUGCCCGGGGGACAUGGCACCUGCUUCACCGCAGCCUCGCCUGCGCGUGUGCCAGAGUGCCAGGCAGGAUGACCGCCCAUCACCCUGUGGCCGAUUUGCACUUUGCUGGACUGGAUGGAAUGGAGAAGGGCCCGUCACGUUCCGGCCCUGGCUGCCACGCUCUACCCCCUUGCCCGGGCAGCCUCUUUUAUCUGCUCUUGACAUGGCCCAGCCCUAAUCCUCUGGGCUAGGCUCCUAAGAUUACCCCCCCCCGCCAUCCUCCUUUGGACUCAUACUGGCCUCUGAGGCUCAGGCUGGGCUCUGUCAAGCUGCGUAUUUAUUGAGUUUGGCUCUUUUUAUAAAGACUUGUAUAUACUCCCUGGA